AGCUUUUGGGCAGUGCUGAAGCAGAAGCACCCAGCACGCCACGAUGAGCCACCCGCGCUGCGCUUCAGCCCCUCACAUCGCCAGGCCUGGUCCAGCCCCAGGUCCGUUCCCUGGGCUGAGGGCUGCAUGGUAGCUGCACUCCCUUCCCCAACAGGCUGCCUGCGAGCAGAAAGAAGCCAUGGCCCAAGGAGGAGCAGCAGCACGAGGAACUGCCAAAGUCCAGGACCAGGGAUGGGCAUGGAUGGUCCUGGUGGCCGCAGUGGUGCUGCAGGGGCUGACGCUGGGCUUCCCCUCCUGCAUCGGCGUCUUCUUCACUGACCUCCAGCAUGAGUUCCAGGCCACCAACAGCGAGACAUCGUGGUUCCCCUCCAUCAUGGUUGCUGUGCUGCACGCAGGCGGGCCUCUGUGCAGCAUCCUUGUGAAGCGCUUUGGCUGCAGGUUUGCUGUCAUGGUGGGAGGGCUGCUCAGCAGUGUGGGCAUGGUGUCCAGCUCCUUCUGCAAGUCCCUCAGCCAGCUUUACCUAACAGCUGGCCUCAUCACUGGUCUGGGGUCAUGCUUCAGCUUCCAGGCAGGAGUGACUGCACUGGGAUACUACUUUGUGCGGUGGCGAACGCUGGCCAAUGCCAUGGCAUCCACCGGUGUCUCUAUUGGCUUGACAUUGUGGCCGCUUCUUUCUCAAUACCUGCUAGAUGAGAUGGGCUGGAGAAAUACUUUUCUUAUCUUUGGAGGAAUACUGUUGAACUGUUGUGUUUGUGGAGCUGUUAUGAGACCAGUGAAGUUUGCAUUCGGAUCACUACUGCAGUUUUCCAGUACAGGAGAGGAGCCAGGGAGAAGAGCAGAAGAGGCUCAGCUGUCCAAUGGAGCAUCUUCUCCUCACCUAAAGCUCCAGGAACAAACCAGGAAGAUCACAUGUUUCCAGGCGCUGCAGAACUACCUGGCUUUUGAUAUCUUCUGUCAAAACAAAAGGUACCAGAUUUACACAAUUGGAGUGACAUGGAUGAUGAUGGGGUUUGUGUUACCCCAUGUCUACCUCGUACCUUAUGCCAUCCAGAAUGGUUUGGAGGAACGCAGGGCAGCCCUCCUCAUCUCCAUUAUUGGAUUCAUCAACAUCUUCAUACGCCCUCUGACAGGGCUGCUCUCAGGACAAACAAUCUUCACAGGGAGACGUAUCUACCUGUACAACCUGGCCGUGCUCCUGUGUGGGCUGAGCAAUUUCAUUUGUGUCAUCUCAGCCGAAUUCAGCAUGCUCAUCUUCUACUGCGUCAUCCUCAGUAUAGCCAUGAGUGGCAUUGGGGCCCUCACAUUCCAGGUGCUGAUGGAUGUGGUGGAGAUGGACAGGUUCUCGAGCGCUCUAGGGCUCUUCACCAUCCUGGAGAGUAUCACUCUUCUCAUUGGACCCCCUCUGACAGGUCUCCUGGUGGAUAUAACCAGUGAUUUCCGCUAUGUCUUCUACACCUCAAGUUUCUUCCUGAUAUCAGCUUCAUUAUUCAUGGUGCUCAGCUUCUGUGCUCUGGAAAAAAAAAACAAAUUGAAAGACACCUCAAAAGUACCUCCAGACAAGUCUGCCAUAUGCAAUGAAACGCCAAACGAAUCACAGUCUGAAAGUCAACCCACCCUCGCAGUUGUGCACAUCACAAGCAUAUGAGAAUAAGUAACAAUUAUGCCGCUGUACAAAGCCACACGAGACCCAGCUCUGAUGGCAGAUGAGAAAACAAAUGUCUGCAUCCCACAGCCGUCACCCUUCCUCCCUGCACAUGCAUUCGGUGGGGCAGUGUCAGACUCCUUGUGAGCAACGCAGACCGCAGGCUGAGCCCAACAUGCAGAGCCGAAGGACAGACAGAACUGUGCUGUCCUACUGCAGGCCACGGGACAACACCACCAUGGCAACCAGCUCUGAGAAAUAAAAGUAAUGUUGAUUCAAUUGAUUUAAGUUGGUGCCUUUCUGAAGUCACUGGAAUUUCAUAUACACAUUUCUCUCGUUAGCACUGGUAAAUAAUUACUGAUGGCUAUGCACAAUGGUAGUUCUUGCGUAAGUAUUACUCACCUACUCUGAACAUGCAGUUUUGGUGCAGACUUAUAUGAACUUUCCUGGUAGCCUCCCGUGGUUGAGGAAGGGGAAAGAAGACAAACAGUUUUGACUGGAAGCGUGUUAUUAUUUCCCACAUCUCUAAACACAAUCAGAGGCCGCCAAAUGAGUCACACAACUCAGGCAGGAUUCUACAAAGAUCAAAUAUUUUUUCCUAUGAGGUAUAUAUGAGUUCUUCAUGCCAAGUACAUUUUCAAAGCUUCAAAAGUUCCACACAAGAGCAACAAAAAGAAAAGGACUGAAACCUUACAGUGUCUGCUUUGUAUAAUUAGUAGUAUCUCAAGUGCUUCCUGAUGUAUUUUUAAAGAGAUUAAUGGCUUCUAUAAAUACAUCUCUUUCCAGCA